AUGAAGAAAAAGUAUCAAGCUUUAGACAAAAUGCAAAGAUAUUAUUUCCCAAUGAAUGCUGGUGAUGGUGCCUACAGUUACUCCAGAAACUCCCAAUUGCAGAAAGAAGUGCUAGAUGGUGCUAAAGAGAUGAUAAGAGAUGCAAUUACUGAAAAGCUUGACAUCAAAAGCCUGUUAUCAGCUUCAAUAAACACAUUUCGUAUUGUAGACUUGGGAUGUUCAGUUGGACCGAACACUUUCUCAGCUAUGCAACAUAUUAUACAAGCUAUAAAGGACCAAUUCAGUACAGAUUCCAUUAAUAUUGUUCCUCAAUUCCAAGUAUUCUUCAACGAUCAUAUCACCAAUGAUUUCAAUACCCUUUUUCGAUCCCUACCUGCCGAUAGGUCUUAUUUUGCAUCAGGAGUUCCAGGGUCUUUCCACCGCAGGUUAUUUCCCUCAGGAUCGAUCCAUUUUGCACAUUCAUCUUCUGCUAUCCAUUGGUUAUCUAAGUUGCCAGAAGAGUUAUUAGAUGAGAAAUCCCCUGCGUGGAAUAAGGGAUUGAUUCACUAUGUAGAUGCCCCAAAUAUUGCAGUAGUUAACGCUUAUAUUUCUCAGUUCGACAACGAUAUGGAAGUGUUCUUGAAUGCAAGAGCUGAGGAGAUUGUUCCUGGAGGAAUAAUGGUCCUAGUUUCGCCAUUUUCAGGUUAUCGUCUCCUCAAAUUUUUCGGAUCAAGUCUUAUUGAUAUGGUCAAUGAGAUAAAAAUUGAACUUUUUAUGAUGAGAGUGAAAUGUGAAUGGAUAUGUGAAACUCAUGAAAAACUAGUUAGUUUUGAAGAAAUUGACACAGAGAUGGAGCUCCACUGCUCAAUUAAUGGAGCG